CAAUUCUGGGCCCUCACCAAGCGCCCCAAUCAAGUGACCGACGCAGAACUCGCGACCGUCUACGACAAGCUCCAGCCCAUCGCCCCGGAGAAGCUCAUCGGCAGCCGCUGGCGAGGCUACAUCUUCCACAGCGGCCACCCCGCCGAGCAGGCCGUCAUUGAGCCGAUGCAUUUCGCGGGGAAGGACUUUAUUUCCGUGAACGAGGUGAAUCUCAUGGUGUUCGAUGCGGAGGGAAACUGGACGAGGGCGGAGGAUUGGGGGAAUUCGAGGCUGCGCGAAGUCAAGUUCCGCGAGGUGGUUUCGGCCGCGCUGAUCUAUGAUACCAAGCCCUGCAUCGAUCAUUGGAGGUAUGUGUCGGAGGAUGUGGUGAUGGUGGCGUUGGAGGACGAUGGGAGCGUGACGCAGGGGGCGGGACCGUUGUAUGGGUAUAUGAUUAGGGUGGUGUUGGAGUAG